GCUCUGCAGAGCUAGGCCACAGCAGCACCUGUCAGACACCGAGUCGCCUGCUCCCUUCUGCUUGCCCACUGCCGGGCAAGUAAGGAACACCCUGCUUCGUGAAACCUUGUUCUCCAGCGUGAUUGCGCCCACACUGCUCUGUGGCGUUCUCUUCUUGGCGUGGGCUGCUGCUGAAGUUCCAGCGGAGAGCAGAAGGAUGGCAGGGAGCGGAGCCAGGAGCCAGGAAGGCCGCCGGCAGCAUGCCUUCAUCCCAGAGCCUUUUGAUGGAGCUAAUGUCCCUCCAAGCCUCUGGCUGUACCGCUUUGAAGUCAUCGAUGACCUCAACCAUUGGGACCAUGUCACCAAGCUAAGGUUCCUGAAAGAGUCCCUUCGGGGAGAUGCCCUGGAGGUCUACACUGGGCUUAGUCCCCAGAACCAGGGAGAUUAUGAGAUCGUGAAAGAGGCCCUCCUGAAGACCUUUGGAGUCCCCAGGACUGUCCCCAGCCACCUGCCCAAAGAAAUCGUCUUUGCCAACAGCAUGGGUAAGGGCUAUUACCUCAAGGGGAAGAUUGGCAAAGUGCCCGUGAGGUUCCUGGUGGACUCUGGGGCUCAGGUCUCCGUGGUGCACCCAAGCUUGUGGGAGGAGGUCACUGAUGGCGAUCUGGACACCCUGAAGCCCUUUGAGAAUGUGGUGAAGGUGGCCAAUGGCGCUGAAAUGAAGAUCCUGGGUGUCUGGGAUACCGCAGUGUCCCUGGGCAAGCUGAAGCUGAAGGCACAGUUCCUAGUGGCCAACGCAAGUGCUGAAGAGGCCAUCAUUGGCACUGACGUGCUCCAGGACCACAAUGCCGUCCUGGACUUCGAGCACCGCACAUGCACCCUGAGGGGGAAGAAGUUCCGCCUUUUGCCUGUGGGAGGGUCCCUGGAAGAUGAGUUUGACCUGGAGCUCAUAGAGGAGGACCCCUCUUCAGAGGAGGUGCAGCAGUAGCUCUUUCAUUGAGAAGCCCCCUUUUCUUUAACCCCCAAGAUUGGUGAGAAACCCGCCAUUGUGUGGGGUACAUACCUUCAGGGGAGUCCUUGGGCGUAGCCAACCCUCUAAAUCAACUCUUGCCCUUCCCUCCUCCCUCUGCAAGAGCCUUCAUCUGCUCCUGGGGGAAAGGCUUCCAAUGAAAAGACACAAGUGAGGGAGAGCAGGCUGGCCUGGAGGGACAGGGUCCCCACAGUCUUUGAGCUGCUGUUGAUGGCAAAGACUCAAGGCUGGAAGAGCUUCUAACGAGGCUAGACAUGUCUGUCUUCAAGAAGACUAGGGAACCCAUUCAGAAUCCCCUGCGGUGUGGCUUAGUCACUUUCAGGUCUACAAUGCCUGUCUUAGCUGGGCUGGGUCCCGGCUGCAGGGUCCUCAUAAGCCAGUGCAGCUGGCACGGGAAGGUUACGAUUGCUCUGGGACAGCCCCUGAUGAAUCUUCCCACCUAUACAAUGGUAUUUUCCAUCUGUCAUUUGCUUUGAAACCCACUGAGCCUUGUGCCAAUAAUUUAAUUGCUUCUAAAACAAAUAAAUAUUGAAUCACAAGAAAACCAUGGAAUGUGUUG